AUGACCAACGGGGCCCUUCCCACAUACUCACUAGCCGAGCGAGACCGCCGCUGGUCCAUGGCAAGGAGAUUUAUGCAGGAGCAAGGCGUCGAUGCUCUGAUCAUCUUUGGUGAGCACGAGGAUGCAGGCCCUGGGCAGUAUGCCUACGAUGCCUGGUUUACAAACGACCGUCCUGGAGCGACGGUGGUGUUUCCUCGAAACGCUGCUGAGCCCUACGCUUUGGUACCCUUUGUUAACUUCCUGACGGACCACCAAGAGUCGUCUCAGAAAGGAGAUGCCAUGUGGCUAUCUCCUCAGAGUCUUCGGAUAGGACGUAACGCCGAAGCGCUCAUUGGGCUUAUUACGGAACUCCUGCUCGAAAAGAGUGCCAUUGGUGUUUUGGGCAUUGAACCGGCUGUCCCCUUCCACGUAGAAGGGACGAUUCCCUUCCUGCUCUGGAGCAAGACCACGUCUCAGCUCCCCGGCGUCACCUUCAAGUCCGUGCUGAGGCCAUUCGCCAACGCCAUCAUGGUGCAGAGUGCCGAGGAGCUCGCCGUCGUCCGUCAUGCCGCCGCUAUCGGCGAGGAAAUGGCCAAGGCCAUGGUGGCUGCGAUACGACCGGGCGCACACGAGAACGACGUGUUUGGAGCGGGCAUGGGCACAGCCAUCGCCAAAGGCACAGUCCCUUCCUGGAUGCACCUGAACUCAGGCCCCGGAUCCGUGGUUUGGGGCCCCCCGCGAUGGGCUUGGCGACCGCAGCCCCCGAGAGCCGUCGAGAACGGCGACUUGGUCACGGCUGAGAUCUUCACUAACUUCGGUAUGCGCCAGUCGCAACACCAGCUCACCGUCGCUGUCGGUGACGUGCACCAGGACCUUGAGCGCUGUGCUGCCAUCGCAAGGGCCUGUUACGACGAGGCCCUGCGCGUCAUGGGGCCAAACGUUCGUUUCGGUGACGUGGCCGAGGCCAUGUCCAAGCCAGUGAACGACGCUGGUGGUUGGACAAAGGGGCCACAGCUGCACGGGAUGAACCCGCUCGCCCCUACGCUUUGUGGCUUCACUGGACCUGUUGCCUUCUUUGGAGACGAUACCAGGUACCAGAAGGGUAGGCUGGGCAUGCCGACGAUGAAUGCUGAGCUGAUUCUUGUCCCCGGCAUGACUUUUGCUCUUGAGCCGAGCUGUGGGUUUGGGCACCAGGCUGUGACCAUUGGAGGGACCGUUAUUAUCACCGAGACAGGUGUCGACGAGCUUAACCCGUUCACUGCGAAGCUGCAGCGAGUUGCAUGGGGGGUAACCCAAUUCAGCCUGAAGUUCCGCCACGCUGGCCAAGCGCGCAUCACGGUCAAUCGAUUUCUCGUCCAAAGCGGGGUGUAUCAUAGAUUCAUCCGACGCUUCCAUGAGGAAAUGGCCAAGCUAGUUGUCGGCCACGGUGCUAUGAGGGGAACCACCCUCGGCCCCGUCACCAAGCUUGAGAGCGUCGAUCGGGCUGAACGCUUGGUUGAGGACGCCUUCUUCAACGGGGCGCGUCUCGUCACCGGUGGGAAGCGCAUGGCCCCGAUGGGCUUUGAAGAGGGUUACUUUUUCGAGCCAACCAUCCUGGCUGGUGUGUCUCCCAAGGCGCUCAUCUCACGCGAGGAAUGCUUUGCACCCAUCUCUACAUUCUACAAGUUUGAGACCGAGGAAGAGGCAGUCAAGAUGGCUAAUGAUACCCCGAUGGGGCUUGCUAGCUAUGCUUUCACGAAGAACGUUGACCGUAUCUGGCGUUUGUAUGAGAACCUUGAGGCUGGCAUCAUCGGACUUAAUACCGGUAAUUGCUCUGCGGCGGAGACUCCGUUUGGCGGCAUCAAGUACUCUGGCCACGGAAAGGAGGCAGGGAAGGACGAUGCAAUCAAUGAAUACAUGAUCACCAAGUCUGGCACCCUUACUGUGGACGGUAUAAUAUAA